UGAAGCAGUGACUGAUUACAGUUUGACUUUUCCCUCCUUUACUCCCUCACUUUGGGGCAUGAGCCUUCCCACCGAUUGAUGGACUAUGUAACACGAGCAAAAGAGGAAAUUCUACCUGUUUAUUUUUCUCUCUUUAAUCCCUAGGCACUUGUCUGAAUUCAAGUACUGAUUACACCUCUUCAGGCUAUUACUCCCGCAAUCUAUAAAAGGCCCAGGGAUUCCGCGAACUCCCCCAUUUCUGUCCCCCCAACAUCGAAACCAGCGAUCUGUUGCUCAUCACUAACUGCGCAUAUUACUCUACUUCACCUAUCAUAAUGGUUGUAUCGUCGUUGACACUUCCUGAAUGCUGGGGGCAUCGCGGAGCCAGCGCUGCUUUUCCUGAAAAUACAUUGGCUUCCUUCUCUGCCGCCAUCCGGGAUGGUGCUGAAGGCAUUGAAAGCGACGUGCACGUGUCAAAAGACAAUGUCGUCAUCAUGUUUCAUGAUCCUUCCCUCGACCGGACGACGAACGUGAAAGGCUUAAUCCGGGACAAGGAUUGGUUCGGUGAUAUGGAGCAUGCUCGUACGAUCAAGAAAGGUCUGGAUGGUCACCCGCAACCAAUCCCUACCUUCAAGGACACCGUAGAACUCAUCAUGAAGGAAGGAAACAACCACGUCAAAUUUAACGUUGACGUUAAAGUUCAAAAUGAUCCGGGUCAUCUUUUCGUGCUCAUGCGAGAGAUCAUUUGUGCCCAGCCAAAUUGGGAAACUCAACUGGCUCCUCGUAUUGUCCUUGGAUUGUGGCAUCCUAAAUUCAUCGGGCCAGCCCGGCGUUGUCUUCCUUUCCUCCGCCUUGCCCAUAUCGGGAUGAGCACUCACAUCGCAAGGGAGUACUUCUGGGAAACUUGCGAAACGUUUUCGAUGAGCUUCUCGAGUUUACUUGGGUGGGAAGGAGAGAAGUUCCGUGAGGACUGUGCGAAGGAUGGGAAGAAAGUCAUGGUUUGGACCGUUAAUCGCCGGGAGGAAAUGAUUGAGGUCGCCCGUUGGGGUGCGAGCGUCGUCCUCACUGACGUAACGAGUGACUGGCUGGCAUUACGUGCAGAAUUGCAACGCGAUUACGGCAAGACGUUUUUUUCCGCAUCCCGCCUCUUCCUUUGGACACGGCCUAAUUAUUACAGAAUUAUGCAAUUCAUCGCUUCAAGUUCCGAACUAUCGAGAUUGGAGCGUAUUGGAGGACCUUUUGAGAAGGUUUUGGCUAGCGUUCAGAUCGCAUGAGUAUUUCGUCUUUUCUGUUAAAUUAUCGUGGACCUGUCGGCUGGUGAUGGCGAGAUGAAUAGAUCUCGAUGCAGUAGAGGAGAGGUGGCCUUGCAAUUGACGUUGGAGGCCCGACGCAUUCAAUAGAUGUAAAAUUGUUCAAGUGCUUAAUUAAUAUUCCUUACAUUUGAGGUUCAUAUCCUUCAUUUCGUG